UUCGCUGCAUUGUGGCACGAUUGUUUUGAAUCAGAUGGCCUCCACCACCUUGCUGCUGUUGCUGGCGCUCGUCUCCUUGGCCUCCGUCACGUUGGCCAUCUUAUUUGGGGAGCCCAGGAUAUUUGGGGAGGAAGCUACUGGUUACGGUCCCAUAUUCGAGGAGGAGCCAGUGGACGUGGUCUACAGCGAGGACUCCCCCGAUGGGAGGAUCUCCAUGAACUGCAGGGCCCGUGCCAACCCUCCAGCCUCAUACAGGUGGCGCCGUGACCACUGGGAGAUCAAGCUGAUGGAGCAACCGGAUGAGCACUACAGCUUAGUAGGGGGCAACUUGGUCAUCAGCAACCCCAGACAGAAGAAGCACGCCGGCACGUACAUCUGCGUGGCUUGGAACAUCUACGGCACGGUCAUCAGCAAGGAGGCCCGCGUCAAAUUUGGAUUUCUGGAGGACUUUCCUCAAGAGGAGAGAGACCCAGUUACUGUAACAGAAGGCCAAGGGGCGGUUCUGCUGUGUGCCCCUCCCAAAGCGUGGCCAGAGGAGGUGUCUUACCGCUGGAUCUUCAACGAGUUCCCCGUGUUCCUCAACAUGGACCGUCGCCGUUUUGUCUCGCAGAGGACCGGCAAUUUAUACAUCUCCAAAGUGGAGGCUCAGGACGUCGGGAACUACUCGUGCUUUGUCUCCAGCCCCGUCCUGGGGAAGAGCGUCUUCUCCAAGUUCAUCCCGCUCAUCCCUUUGCCGCCAGAUGACGGUGAAGAAAGAAAAUACCCAGCAGACAUCAGAGUGAAGUUCCCGGACACCACAGCCAUGCUAGCUUCCAACAUCACGCUGGAAUGCUUUGCUCUGGGGAAUCCCAUCCCUCACAUUGUAUGGAGGAAAGUGGACGCCACAGACUUGCCCGCCAACCACGAGAUCAGCGAAUCGGGCGCCGUCUUGCACCUCUACAACGUCCAGUACGAAGACGUGGGAGGCUACGAGUGCGAGGCCAUCAACACCAAAGGGAAGGAUUGGCACAAGUCCUGGCUCUACGUGGAGUCUGCUCCAGAGUGGGCCGAGACCAUCAACAACACCCAGAUAGACAUUGGCUCUGCGCUCACCAUGCGCUGUGUUGCAUCUGGGAAGCCUUUCCCAUUCAUCCGCUGGUACAAAGAUGGCUAUAUGUCAGGAAAAGGUGAGCUUCAGUUCUCCAGCUUGACGUUUGAUGAUUCCGGGAUGUACCAGUGCAUCGCAGAGAACUACUGGGGCAUCAAAUACGCCAACGCCGAGCUGCGAGUGAUCGCCUGCGCUCCAACAUUCGAGUUCAACCCCCUGAAGAAGCAGCUUCUCGGCGCCCGGAACGGCCGCGUGUUGAUCGAGUGUAAACCUCGAGCAGCCCCCAAGCCUCGUUUCACCUGGACCAAGGGCAAGGAGCUGCUCUUCAACAAUUCACGCAUCUCCAUCAUGUUUGACGGCACUCUGGAGAUUCUUAAUGCCACGAGAAACGACGAAGGUUUCUACACAUGCUUUGCUGAGAACGACAGAGGGAAGGCCAACAGCUCGGGUUAUCUCACCAUCAUGGAGGCGACCAGCAUCACGGUGGCUCCCGAAGACUCGGAGGUGAAGGUGGGCGACGAGGUCAUCCUGACCUGCUCGGCCUCUUAUGACCCCAUGUUGGAUAUCGCCUUCAUCUGGGCCAUCGACUUCCGGGUCAUCGACUUUGACACCGAGUGGCAACACUUUGAGCGCAUCAUGACCCAGGAAGGCAGUGGGAACCUACGUAUCAAGAACGCGCAAAUCUGGCACGAAGGCCGCUACACGUGCACGGCUCAGACGGUGGUGGACAGCGACACGGCGUACGCAGACCUAAAAGUCGUCGGUGUCCCGGGGCCUCCUGGCGUCAUCCGAGUGGAGGACAUUGGAGACACAUGGGUGAAGCUGUUGUGGACCAAAGGAGCAGAACAUAACAGUCCCAUUCUGUACUACACCAUCCAGACCAGGCACUUCUGGUCUCUGCAUGAGGACGACUGGAGGAACGCCAGCACCUCUCCGACCUUCCUCGACGGCACCGUGGAGCGGGCCGAGGUCACCGACCUGUACGCUUGGAUGGAGUAUCAGUUCCGGAUCAUCGCCACCAACGAGUACGGCUCGGGAGAAGCCAGCAUUCCCUCGCUGAAGAUCAAAACUUGGGACGCGAUACCGGUGGUCUCUCCCACAGAUGUCGAAGGCUACGGUGGUCGGAAUGGUGAGAUCAUCAUCACAUGGAAGCCUGUGGAGCCGUGGUAUUUCUACGGCAAAAAGUUCGGCUACAUCGUGGCCUUCAAGCCGUACGACGGGUACGAUUGGUGGUACGAGACCAUCUCCGACCCGGAAACCAGACGCUACGUCCACAAGGACUCCUUCUUCCUCCCUGGCGACGAUGACUUCCAAGUGAAGGAAUUCCAGGUGAAGAUCAAGAGCUUCAACGUGAAGGGAGACGGACCCUACUCCCUCACCAAGGUCAUCUACUACCCUCGAGACGUGCCCACAGACCCGCCAACAGAUGUUUACGCUCGGCCAGUGUCGUCCACUGAAGCUCUGGUGUGGUGGUUCCCGGUAGUGGACACAGGGACGGGUCUGCAGCAGUACAUUGAGGGCUACCAGGUUAAAUACUGGCGAAAGUACUACGACACGGAGCCCGGAGCCAAUCGCAUAUUUGUAAACGCCACGGCAAACCAAACCAGAUUGGAGAACAUGCUGCCUGAUACGCAUUACCUCAUCGAAGUCCGAGCUUUUAACGGAGCAGGUCUCGGGCCGCCUGGCGAACACUGCGAGAUGUUCACCAAAAGACCACCGCCAGCAGAGCCCCCCAGGAUGUGGCGCUUCAUCUCCUGGACCGGAAAGUGGCUAUACGUGUGGUGGGAUCACAUCUCGUACGACUGGUUUGGGAACGUAUCUUUCCCGCUCUAUUAUAAGGUCAUGUUCCGGAAGACGGGCUACAUCUACGGGAAGGUCUACGUCACAGGCUGGCACUUCAUGGACUUCCCAAUGCCGCAAUUCGGCGACUACGAGCUUAUGGUCCGCGGACGCUACGAGGGAGGCGACGGGCCCGUCAGAACCAUUAAGCUGCUGGGUAAGGCCUCCAUGAUCUCGCCCACGCUAAGCCUCGCCUCUGCACUGUUGCUGGCGCUGUGCAUUGUGGGAUUGUAGCAUCAAGACAGGAGGUUCUGCUUUUUCCUUUUUGUGCUUGACUAGUGGUACAAAAGAAUGUCUGUUAUGAAUCUUAGAACUUGAGGAUGGAGUGCACAAUCUACAGUCUUUCUUUUUUAAACCGCUUUUUUAUUUGUUUGGAGUGUAUCAUGUAAACUCACUCGCAAUCGUAAAAUAUAAGAAGCACUAUAACAGCAACCGAUUGUAUGUCUAUUUGAGAUCGCUUGUAGAUGAGCAGAGGAUAUCGGGCCACUUACACAAUUUACUGUACCGUCUAUUAUUUAUUAAAA